UUCUUAAUCUUUAGUUCAGCAUGAAGUUCGUUAAAUUAAGUCUCUUUGCCUGCAGCUUGCUCUUCUUGGGCUCAUUUCGCCAAGCUGGUGCCAUAGAUGUGGAACUAUUGACCAGCUGUACUCAGGUGGUCGCUGAGGGAGCGAGCGCGUUUAUUCCUCAGAUUGUGCCAAUGAUAAAGGAUUUGGCAACUUGUACUCAGUAUAAGCCACAACAAGCUAAGGGCCUCAACCUGACAAUGCUGCUAAUGAUGGCCUUUGAGUUCCUUCAACACGCUUCUGGUAAGCAGCAGUGCCUGUUGGCUGCUCUCGACAAGUCGAAGGCUCUGAUAAUGCCACAUGCUGCAAUCUUCAUGAUGAAAGGAUGCAGUCCCCUUCUCUAAAUUAAAUAUCAUAAUAAAACAAUGGCAUUACACUAAUACAUUUGUAUAUAUUUUAUU